UGUAGCGGCCUUAGAAGAAGUAAACAAGAAAGUGUUAGAGAAAGCACAAGAAUUCAAGAAAAGCCAAGAAAAGAGCGACACAACCAGAGAAGAAAUAUGAAAGCAAAGCAGAGUUUCAAUGAAAACGACCCUCUUCUUCUUCCUUUUCUUCCUCUUCGUCGUCUUCUUCUUGUGGGCGUGUUUGUUCUUGUGGGGUUUCUCUGCGUCGCUCAUGGGAGAAUGAUCAAAAUCCAAGCCGUGCCCAGAAACGUUUCGGCAAUGUACGUGCUGGGGGAUUCUUCUGUUGAUUGUGGAGACAACAGUUUGUUCUACUCUCACCUUCAUCGCAAUCUCUCUCUCCUUCCCUGCAACGGAAAUGGCACUCUUCUUCCCCAUCUUCUUGCUGAUAAGAUGGGGUUACCAUAUGCCACGCCAUUCUACAAUCAAAAUGGCUCAAUUGGAGAUCUAGUUAAAGGCCUCAACUUCGGUUCAGCGCAAGCCACAAUCAUGUACCCCGGCAGCCAAGGCUACCAGUCUCUCAACCAACAGCUCCGCCAAGUUUUUGAGACUGUCGAGCUCUUGCAGCUGCAGCUCAGCCAGAGGCAAGUGCUCCAUUUUGUCCGAUCCUCCGUCUUCUACCUCUCCUUCGGAAAAGACGACUUCAUCAACUUCUUUCUUAGCAAUUCCUCCAAUGGGACACCCAAGUACAGCAGCCAAAAAAUUGCUCACAUUUUGGUAACCGAGAUGGUACGUGCUGUAAGGAGCCUGCAUGACUUGAAAGUCAGGAAGAUCAUAUGCCAGGGGAUAUUGCCACUCGGGUGCGCUCCGCGAACAAUGUGGAAGAGGCUAGAUCUCGCGGCUGGCGAGGACAAUGGAGCUGAAUGUUGGGAGAAGAUCAAUGAGAUGGUCCUAGAGUAUAAUGUGAUGCUGGAGGAGAAAAUUAUGGAGCUUAAUGCACAGAUGAGAGAUGCCAAAAUUGUCUUCUGUGAUGUUUAUCAAGGGAUUAAGGAGAUUAUAGCUAAACCAAAGAGCUAUGGGUUUGAGGAUGCGAAGAGUGCAUGCUGUGGGCUGGGGUUGUACGGCGCGACAGUUGGGUGCCUCUCUGCGGAUAUGGCAUGUAACAAAACAGGAAGUCAUGUUUGGUGGGACCAAUACAACCCCACAAAAGCAGUCAACUCCUUGUUGGCUGAUUCUGCUUGGUCUGGUCAUCCUUUCUCUGCUCUCUGCCGCCCAUUGUCCAUUCAGGAAUUGGUUGUCUGA